CAACAUAAUGAAUGUAUAGUACCAUACAGCGCGAGGGAAAAAAAGUGAGAGAUCGCCUAUGUGGCCCGUCCAGUCGCCAACAGAGCGGGGUUCAGGGCCGCAGCGCCGGAAGAGUUGAUCCCCCGGAGUUACCCCGCCAUCAUCGUGCCCCUCAUUUUUCGGUCGUGACGGUCCGAGUGAUAGAGUUGAGGCAUUGGCAACGCCCAAAACACCGGCGAUGGCGGCUCAAUUACUAUGAGACUCCUCCCUGGUACCUGACACGGCCUAGCUUUCCUUCCUCCGUGCUGACCCUUGGCUAUUUGUAUAUAACAGAGCGAUUCCCUUGCCCAGCUUGGUGCGGGGUUCACGCAGUUUCUUCCCUCUCAAACUUAUCUAUUACUGUGAUCGCUGCUUGUAUCCGCGAUUCAUACAGAGAACCUACCGAACCAAGAGAAUUAAUCCCCCAUUCACUUCGCCAUGGUGACCCCAGACCCCACCAAGGCCGUUCUGCCCAAGGAUUUCAUUUGGGGCUUUGCUACUGCAUCCUACCAAAUUGAGGGUGCUCCAGACACUGAUGGCCGUGGCCCUUCUAUCUGGGACUCCUUCUGCAAGAUCCCUGGAAAGAUCGCCGGCGGCUGCUCCGGUGAUGUCGCCUGCGACUCCUACAACCGCAUUGCGGAGGACAUUGAGCUCCUGAAGAAGACCGGCGCAAAGGCCUACCGCUUUUCCGUCUCCUGGUCGCGCGUGAUCCCACUCGGUGGCCGCAACGACCCCAUCAACCAAAAGGGUUUGGACUACUACGUCAAGCUCGUCGACGACCUCCUCGAUGCCGGCAUCAUCCCCAUGAUCACUCUUUUCCACUGGGAUCUCCCCGAUGAGCUUCACAAGCGCUACCUCGGCAUGCUGAACAAGGAGGAGUUCGUCGCCGACUUCGCCAACUACUCCCGCGUCCUCUUCAAGGCUAUGCCCAAGUGCAAGCACUGGAUCACCUUCAACGAGCCGUGGUGCUCCAGCAUCCUCGGAUACAGCACCGGUCUGUUCGCCCCUGGACGCACUAGCGACCGCACCAAGAGCGCUGAGGGCGACUCGAGCAGGGAGGGAUGGACUGUCGGACACAACAUCCUGAUUGCGCACGCGCACUCGGUCAAGAUCUACCGUGAGGAGUUUAAGCCCACUAACGGCGGCGAGAUCGGUAUCACUCUCAAUGGUGACGCCGUCUACCCAUGGGACCCCGAGGACCCAGAAGACGUCGAGGCCUGCGACCGCAAGAUCGAGUUCUCCAUCUCCUGGUUCGCGGACCCCAUCUACUUCGGCACCUACCCCGAGUCGAUGGUCAAGCAGCUCGGCGACCGCCUCCCCACCUUCACCCCCGAGGAAGCCGCCCUCGUCAAGGGUUCAAACGACUUCUACGGCAUGAACCACUACACCGCCAACUACAUCAAGCACAAGAGCACCCCCGCCGCUGACGACGACUUCCUCGGCAACCUCGAGACGCUCUUCGAGUCCAAGAAUGGCGAGAAUAUCGGCCCGGAGACACAGUCGUUCUGGCUUCGUCCUAACCCGCCGGGAUUCCGCAACCUGCUCGUGUGGUUGAGCAAGCGUUAUGGUAACCCUAAGAUCUACGUCACCGAGAACGGGACGUCGCUUAAGGGGGAGAAUGACCUGCCGAUUGAGGGCAUCCUCGAUGACGAGUUCCGCGCUGAGUAUUUCCGCAGCUAUAUCGCGGCGAUGGCGCAGGCGGUUGAGGAGGAUGGAGUGGAUGUGCGCGCGUACAUGGCGUGGAGUUUGAUGGAUAACUUUGAGUGGGCUGAGGGGUACGAGACGAGGUUCGGUGUUACGUUUGUGGAUUAUGAGGGUGGACAGAAGAGGUUCCCUAAGAAGAGUGCUACGGUUGUGGGACCGUUCUUUGAUAAGCUUAUUAAGAAGGAGUAGAGUGGGAGAUGAGGGAUGAAAAUAUGAUGUGAUAGAUAGGCUCAGGUUAGCGGUUACGUUUUUUAUAGGUAUGCAUUCUAUUAUGGAUGCGGAAAUUUGUAGAUUUGUA